GAGGGGUAACGCUCGGCUGGAGAGCGCGUCACCUGAGACUCGGUCCGCUCCAGUGUGUUUGUGCGCGCGCCGUAGAGCGAGAGGUAAGAUGAGGUUUGAGCGGGCGUGCCGAGAGGACGCAGCGCGAGAUCAGACGGGGGUAAAGUGAGUCUCGAGGUUGUUAUUCGCCGCAUUGGGGAAGCUGUGCUUGUUUGAGAGGCAGCGGCGUCACUCGCUGCUGAGGAGGCUGAGUGACCUUCCGCGGCUCUGCGGCGAGAGACCAGACAGACAGACAGACAGGCGCGACCCCCAGCCAGCGCCGAUCACAGCUCUGAUCUCCUGAGAUUUGCGCCGCGGAGGACGAUGUGAGGAAGCGGACAAGGAGCGUUCUCGCGCCAAAAUGACCAUUCCUAAAGACAUUCCAGACAAGUGGUUCCCCAUCGUUCUCCCGCUGAAAUGGACCAAAGAGGGACUUCCAAGGAAGGCAAAGAGUAGAAGAGGGACAGAAGAGGAAAGGAGGGUCCGAGCCAAUGACAGGGAGUACAACGAGAAGUUCCAAUAUGCGAAUAACUGCAUCAUGACCUCAAAGUACAACAUCAUCACCUUCCUGCCAGUCAACCUGUUUGAGCAGUUCCAGGAAGUUGCCAACACCUACUUCCUGUUUCUUCUCAUACUGCAGUUGAUUCCUCAGAUUUCCUCUUUGUCCUGGUUCACCACUAUAGUGCCUUUAGUACUGGUGCUGAGCAUCACUGCAGUCAAAGAUGCCACUGAUGACUAUUUCCGUCACAAGAGUGACAACCAGGUGAAUAACCGCCAGUCUCAGGUGCUCAUCAAUGGCAUUCUACAGAAGGAGAAGUGGAUGAAUGUGAGAGUGGGUGACAUCAUCAAGCUGGAGAACAACCAGUUUGUGGCAGCUGACCUGCUCCUGUUGUCCAGCAGCGAACCUCAUGGCUUGUGUUACAUUGAGACGGCGGAACUGGAUGGCGAGACGAACAUGAAGGUGCGUCAGUCUCUGUCUGUGACCUCCGAGCUGGGAGAUCCUAACCACCUCGCUCAGUUUGAUGGAGAGGUGGUCUGUGAGCCUCCCAAUAACAAGCUGGACCGCUUCUGUGGCACUCUGUACUGGAGGGAGUGUAAGUACGGCCUGAGCAAUCAGAACAUGCUGCUGAGGGGCUGCGUCCUGCGCAACACGGAGAGCUGCUACGGCCUCGUCAUAUUCGCAGGACCAGAUACGAAGCUGAUGCAGAACAGCGGACGCACAAAGUUCAAGCGGACCAGCAUAGACCGCCUGAUGAACACACUGGUUCUGUGGAUCUUUGGUUUCCUGGUCUGUAUGGGGGUGAUCUUGGCCAUAGGGAAUGCGGUGUGGGAGAGAGAGGUGGGCUUUCUGUUUCAGAGUUAUCUCCCAUGGGACCCUCCUGUUGACAACUUCCUCUUCUCAGCCUUCCUCUCCUUCUGGUCGUAUGUCAUCAUCCUCAACACCGUGGUACCCAUCUCCCUCUACGUCAGUGUGGAGGUGAUUCGGUUGUGUCACAGUUACUUUAUAAACUGGGACCGUCGGAUGUUCUGUAACCGCAGCAGCACGCCAGCCGAGGCCCGGAGCACGACGCUAAAUGAAGAGCUUGGCCAGGUGGAGUACAUUUUCAGUGACAAGACCGGAACUCUCACCCAAAACAUCAUGACCUUUAACAAGUGCUCCAUCAACGGACGCGCCUACGGUGAAGUGAUGAACAUUCCAGGAGCUCAGCACAAGCGGGCGCAGCCCCUGGACUUCAGCACAUGGAAUCCGCUGGCAGACCGGGACUUCUGCUUCUACGACGCUUCAUUGCUGGAGGCGGUGAAGGUGGGGGAGCCGGCCGUGCACGAGUUCUUUCGCGUGCUGUCUCUCUGCCACACGGUCAUGAGCGAGGAGAAGAGUGAGGGAGAGUUGGUAUACAAGGCUCAGUCUCCUGAUGAGGGUGCACUUGUGACAGCAGCUCGAAACUUUGGCUUUGUGUUCCGUUCUCGUACACCCAGUACCAUCACCACACAGGAGCUUGGCAAAGCAGUCACAUACACGCUUCUUGCCAUCUUGGACUUCAACAACAUCCGCAAGAGAAUGUCCGUCAUAGUGAGGACCCCCGAGGGCCGUAUUCGUCUGUACUGUAAGGGGGCCGACACAGUGCUGUUUGAGAGGCUUCACUCAUGCAGCCAUGAUGUGAUGAACAUCACCUCAGACCACCUUAAUGAGUAUGCGGGUGACGGGUUACGGACUCUGGCGCUGGCCUAUCGGGAUCUGUCCGAAGAGCAGUGGGCGGAGUGGGCGGAGCGUUACAGAGGUGCCGAUAAAGCUAUAGACUGCAGGGAGGACAGACUGGCUGCUGCUUACGAGGAGAUUGAACAGGACCUGAUGCUGUUGGGAGCCACGGCUAUAGAGGAUAAGCUGCAGGAGGGUGUCGCUGAGACCAUCGCUAUACUUUCUCUGGCUAACAUUAAGAUCUGGGUGCUAACUGGAGAUAAGCAGGAGACAGCAGUGAAUAUUGGCUAUUCAUGCAAAAUGUUGACUGACGACACAACGGAGGUGUUUAUUGUGAAUGGACACACUGUCCAAAGCGUCCGCGAAGACCUCAGGAGAGCAAGGGAGCGCAUGAUGGAAUCGGCCCGCACCAGGGAUGGAGGGAAAGAGGUGGAGACUCAAUGGGGCGGAGCCUGUUCUCUGGGUAACGGAUUCAGCAGUGGAGAUGCGGCUAAUUGUGUCCCUGAUCAGGAGAAAUGUGCCCAGCCCCAAGCCCCUCCUACCUCAGUACUGGAGUCAAUUAGUGGAGAGUUUGCGCUUGUCAUCAGUGGACACAGUCUGGCACAUGCGCUGGAGGCAGACAUGGAACAGGAGUUUUUGGAGACGGCCUGUGCUUGUAGGGCUGUGAUCUGCUGCAGGGUCACUCCACUGCAGAAAGCUAUGGUGGUGGAACUGGUCAAGCGGCACAAGAACGCUGUGACCCUCGCCAUCGGAGAUGGAGCCAAUGAUGUCAGCAUGAUAAAGACGGCUCACAUCGGUGUGGGCAUCAGUGGGCAGGAGGGCAUCCAGGCUGUGCUGGCGUCCGAUUACUCCUUCUCCCAGUUCCGUUUCCUGCAGCGGCUCCUGCUGGUGCACGGCCGUUGGUCUUACCUGCGAAUGUGCCGGUUCCUCUGCUACUUCUUCUACAAGAAUUUUGCCUUCACCAUGGUGCACUUCUGGUUCGGCUUCUUCUGCGGCUUCUCUGCCCAGACGGUGUAUGACCAGUACUUCAUCACUCUGUAUAACAUUGUGUACACAUCGCUGCCUGUUCUGGCCAUGGGCAUCUUUGACCAGGACGUUCCUGAGCAGAGGAGUCUGGAGUAUCCGAAGCUUUACGAGCCGGGUCAGCUAAACCUGCUGUUCAACAAGCGGGAGUUUUUCAUCUGCAUUGCGCAGGGUAUCUACACCUCUGUGGUGCUGUUCUUCAUCCCAUACGGCGUUUUGUCCCAGGCCACCCAGAGCAAUGGCGUCCCCCUCGCCGACUACCAGACAUUCGCCGUCACCACGGCGACCGCCCUGGUCAUCGUCGUCAGUGUGCAGAUCUCUCUGGACACUGGAUACUGGACUGCUAUUAACCAUUUCUUUGUAUGGGGCUCUGUGGGCGCUUACUUCACCAUCCUCUUCACCAUGCACUCCAGCGUCCUCUUCAACAUCUUCCCCAAGCAGUUCCAUUUCCUGGGAAGUUCUCAGAAUACAUUAGCACAGCCAGUGGUCUGGUUGACUAUUGCUCUAGCUACAGUCAUUUGCAUCGCGCCUGUGCUUGCCUUUCGCUUCCUCAAACUGGACCUCAAACCACAGCUCUCAGACACCGUGCGCUACACUCAGCUGGUGCAGCAGAAGAAGUGGAAGCCCGGCGGGCGGGCCGGCCGCAGGGUGGGCGGAAUCGGGGGCUCGCAGGGAGGAGCUCUGGGUCGCUUGGGGCGGGGUGGCUCCCGGCGCUCAGGUUACGCCUUCGCUCACCAGGAGGGUUUUGGGGAGCUGAUCACAUCGGGCAAGAACAUGCGCCUCAGCUCGCUCGCCCUGGCCACCUUUGCCUCGCGCCACAGUGCCAGCUGGAUCGACACGCUCCGCAAGAAAAAACACAACCCACACAGCACCCCACCCACUGGAGACAGCAGCCCCGCUCCCUCACUGGGCCCACCCCUCUCCACAUCCUCCUCUCUGACUGGUCCCCCGGAGAUAACGCAGGAGGAGGCGGGGCAAACAAAUUCUGACCACACCCCUAGCAAGAGCCUCAGUGAGCCUAGUGAUGUCCAGCCCAACGUGGCUAACGUUGCACAGAUGGAGACGGGAGGAUGCAGUCUAACGGCGCAGGAAACAGCGCUCGGCUGGAAGGCGGCGGGAGCUCGGAUCAGCGGUGCCAGCAGUCCUGGUCCACCUACUAUCGCAGAGGAAGCGGCCAAUGGCGAGUGAGAGAUACAGGCAUGGAUAAAUCGAUCUAUUGGAAUUUCCCCUGCAUCCUGGGAUGUUUAAAUGGUCUUGCCAGAGGACGAGGCGAAGACACGGAACCGGCAGCGUUUGGGUACAGACUGACAAACUUAGAGCAACGUGUACAGACAAGUGCAGAUACAGUGGAAGCACUUCACAGGACUUUGUAUUUCACUUCACAAAUACAUCACCUUUUCACUGUCUCUCGCCAAUUCAGCUGUAAGGCCUUUUUAUUUAAAGCAAAGAAAGAAGGUAUAAUAGCAAUACAGCAUCUAGAGUUUCCGGUGAGUGAAAGGAUGCUUAGUUUAAAGGAAUGGUGAAAAUGUAAUUGACACAAUCGUCUCCAUAACCCAACUGCAGCUGGUCAGCCAAGACAUGUUGGGUGUGAUACGUUUGCUUCUACAGGUUUAAACUGCAGAUAUUAAAGGGACAUUGCGGCCAGACUAAAA